UACUUGUUUGUUUUUUAUUGUUAGAUUUGUUUAAUUAUUGUGAUUAGUCGGUGGUUCAACUACGCGCUGCCAUGAUUUCGUUUAAGAUAUUUCUAAUUAGCCUUGCACUUGUCGCCAUCAAUGCACUGCCAGAUAGUGCAGGAUUAGUCGAAAUGGUUAAUGGACUUGCUUAUGGCGGAAUUCCUUAUGGCACCGUUUCUGGAAGCGUAGCACGACAGUCACAGAUCACAAAUCCCGGGUCUUACUAUGGAUACAACCCGAACCAAUACCGACCUCGACCAGCCUACGAACCAGGAUCUGCAGUUGUUAUCAUGCCAAAUUACCGAGCUCCAGGACUAGAAAGACGUCGGCGAGGUCCAGUGCAAGUUUUCAAACUUCCCGGGGUCGUCGCGCCUGGAGUCGUCGGGACUUUGACUGGAAUCGGUUUCAAAAAAUAAUUUUUAAUUGAUUUACUGUUGUUUUUUUUUUUUUAAUUAUGUCUGUACUUAACUAUUCUAUCAAUUAAUUUAAUGACACUGAGCCAUCCGUCCAAUUGUAUUAUUUUCAAUUUGAAAUCUAGUAU